UUCUUCGAAAUUCUUUUCUUUUUAAUCGCUUUUAUCACAAAACAAAAUAGUUUAGUAUAAGCUAUUUCGCAUAAUGUCUUUAUUUAAUCAAUUCUGUCGAUUAAAUAAUUAUGUAGUUGGUAGCUACAAGUCCUUAUUACAUAGAAGAAAUAACUGGGUUCAACAGCAAUUUUGCAAUUAUACAAAAAAAUCAGCUGAAGAACGACUAGGUAUAGAAAAACCUAAACGGCCUUUAACACCAUUUUUUAAGUUCAUGACACAGAUGAGGCCAGCUUUACUUGCUAAAAAUCCAGGAAUCACAUCAAAGGAGGCUAUAGCAUGGAGUUCCAAACAUUGGCAACAGCUUGACACCGAAACAAAGACAAAAAUGAUGAAAGAAUUUGAAAAGGACAUGGAAGAUUAUAGGAAAAUCAAAGAAUUAUAUGAAAAAUCUUUGACAGACCAACAAAAAGCUGACAUACAAAGGGUGAAAGAAGAAUUAUCGGAAGCCAGAGAGAAAAGAAAACUAAAAGCUGACUACAAAGAAAUGGGUCGACCAAAGAAACCCAUGUCUUCUUAUUUUCUAUUUUCACAAACAAAAAAAGACUCGUUCAAAUCAAGCAAUCUCAAGGAAUUUCAAGAGCUUGUCAAGUCAGAAUGGGUGAAAUUACCUGAGAGUGAUAGGGUCAAAUAUGAAAAGCAAGCAGAAGAACUGAUGAAUAAAUAUAAGAAAGAUCUAGAAGCAUGGGAAAUAAAAAUGAUAAAUAUUGGCCGAACAGAUUUAGUCCGUACGAAACCCUUAAGGGUGAAGAAGCCCAAGAGUGCAAAGACAAACCAAUAGGAACUCGGGUGCUCUGAUGACUCUGCUGACUUGAAACACUUGAGACUUCACAGUAAAGAAAACAAUAAAACAGAGGCAGAAGGUAUUAAGUUAAGUAGUUCUAGUCUAGAAAUGCCAACAAAAACCGUUAAAGAAGAAAAUCCAAUUAUAAAUAUGUCAGAAGAUAAUCAGAGCACGGGUGACCAAAUAAAAAAUAACUCGAAUAAGGCAAGAUCUAAAUCACAAGAGAAAAGUAAGACUAUUAUGAGUAGUAUCAAAAGCUUUUUUAAGUUUUGAUUGAUUUUUGCCAUUUUGUAUUUUUUAUGUUCCUUAGUUUUAAGUAUCACAGCUGUAAGUACACAUGUAUAAGGUAGUUUAUUUUUC